GUUCGGUCAACUGGAGGAAAAUGGCCGCCUGGGGAGCGGUGCGUCGGAGAUUAUCCAAAAGUUAAAAAUAUAUAUCUACACUUUAUAUUAAAAUCACACGGAAAGAAGCGACCGGGAGCGCAAACAGCUGGCGAUGGCACGGGAAGCGAGUUCGAUGUCUGUUGGAGAGUCAUGACUUUGUGCGUGCAUUUAUGAUUUUGGUUCUGAUGCCUGAGACCUGAUUCUUUCAUAAUGUAUCACGCUUUGGAGUAUGCAUUGGACCGUGCAGAGUACAUUAUUGGGUGUGCCAGACAACGACCGCCAAAAAGAAGGCAUUCAUCUAGUGGAAGGAAAUCAGUACAUCAGAAAUUGUAUGACCUGUAUAUGGAAGAAUGUGAAAAAGAACCAGAGUUGAAGAAAUUAAGACGAAAUGUUAACCUGUUGGAAAAACUUGUAAUGCAAGAAAGGGUGUCAUGCCUAGUAAUAAAUCUGUAUCCGGGAAAUGAAGGCUACUCCCUAAUGCUCAGGGGGAAAAAUGGAUCAGAUUCGGAAACAAUCCGAUUGCCUUAUGAGGAGGGAGAGUUACUCGAAUACUUGGAUGCAGAGGAACUACCACCAAUUCUUGUAGACCUUUUGGAAAAAUCUCAGGUGAACAUUUUCCACUGUGGAUGUGUCGUAGCUGAAGUACGAGAUUAUCGGCAGUCUGGUCACACGAAAGCACCUACAUACCAAAGCCGACAUAUAUUACUUCGGCCCACAAUGCAGACAUUGAUUUGUGAUGUACAUGCCAUAACAAGUGACAACCACAAAUGGACACAGGAUGAUAAACUUGUCCUUGAAAGCCAAUUGGUGCUCCAUACAUCAGAGCCUCUUUGCCUAGACCCUUCCUUCACUGUAACAUGUGCAACCAACAGACUUCUGUACAAUAAACAAAAGAUGAAUACGAGGCCAAUGAAAAGGUGUAUGAAGCGGUAUUCUCGGCCAGCACUCAACAGACAGCAGGAGAUAGCCCAAUUCACACCACCACCUCAUCUUAAACUGUUUGAUUAUCUACAAAGAAGAAAGGAAAGAAAGCCAGCACCACACAUUGACCUUAAAAUUUCAAAAGCUGGAAGUUGUGUUGAUAUGUGGAAGCAAAAUCCAUGCCAGCUCACAGUGCCAUCUGAAAUUGAUGUGGAAAAGUAUGCAAAAGUGGAAAAAGCUAGCAAAUCUGAUGACUUGCAAACAGCUGUCUGGCCAAUUCAUGAAGCAAAGGAUGAAUAUAUUUUUGAGUGGGAAGGAACAGAACAAAUUCAUGCCUCCAAGUUAAUAAUUUACCAGUCAUCAGAUGAUCCUCUGUUUUAUGGUAAGAUUCAAAUGACGAAGGACCCCAAACCAGAGGAAGAAAACGAACACCUGGUUACUCAUAUCCCGUUCCCUAUAGGUACAAAAGCAGAAGCUGACAGGUUUGUAAGGCAGUAUUUUGAGGUUUUGCAACAGGAUACCAAGUGCCCAGUGAAGAUUUCUCACAAUUCAGCUGGCUCAGUGAGCCAAAGUCACUUGUCUCCUGGGAAAGAAAUUGAGCAAUCUGAAGAAAUUUCUGGAUCUGUCCAGUCUUCUAUACUGGGGAAGGGUGUGAAGCACCGACCGCCACCCAUAAAACUCCCUAGUGGAGCCAGUAACAGCUCUUCAGGAAAUGUGUUUAGUCCAUUGCAAUCAAGUGGCCACCUGAAAUCCACAACUCCCCCUCCUCCUCCAACCAAAAGUGUUAGCCUGUCUAGAAAGCAUUCUAUGGAUCUUAAUCAAGUGAACAUCCUCUCACCACCAGCAAUGUCUCCAGUGGGUUCUUCACAAAGAUCUGGGACUCCCAAGCCAUCUACCCCCACACCAACCAACACCCCUUCAUCAACUCCACACCCUUCUGAUGUGCAAACCCCAGCAUCUACAGCCACCCCCUCAGCUACCCCAUCUACACAAGAAUCAGGCCUCAAUCCGCAGACCCUUUUAACCCCUUUUGCCCAACAGCAGAUGGCCCUCAGUCAAGCUUUGCCAGUAAUGACCAUUCCUCUUUCCACUAUGGUAACUUCCAUUACAACAGGGAGUUCAUCCUCCCAGGUGAUGACAAACCCAGCGAGUCUGAACUUCAUCAAUGUAGUGGGCUCAGUUUGUGGAGCACAGACGUUGAUGAGUGGUUCAAAUCCCAUGCUGGGGAGUAAUGGUGGUGCUAUAACUCCUUCAGGCUUAAAUCUGAGCAGCAUUCUACCACCAGCUGGACUGGUGCCAAGCUCACUGCCAGCUGCCAUGCAAUCUGCAGCUCAAGCAGGUGGUUCAUUUGUUGGUUUAAAAAAUACUCCUGGUUUCCGACCUUUGAACUUGCUUCAGCUGUCAAGUUGCCCGCCAGUGAUCUUCAAUCCACUACAGCAGCAACAGCUCCCCCAGUUUUCUCAGCAACAGUCAUCCCAGCAGUCUGCAAUCUCCAGCCCUCAACAGCAGGGAGAACAGAAUUCUGACCAGGCUUCAGCUAGCCAGGAGCAGGCUUUAACAGCUCAGCAGACUGCAGUCAUCAACCUGGCAGCAGGUUUUGUGCCUCCACAGGCUGCAGUGUUGUCUCAGCUUGGCUCUGCUAUGAACAGACCUGGGCAAAGCCUUCCUCAGCAGAGACUCCAGCUUACAUCUGCCUUGCAGCAGCAACAGCAACAAGCCUUGCAGCAGCAGCAACAGAUACAACAGUUACGAUACUUGCAACAUCAAAUGGCUAUAGCAGUUCAGCUUCGGCAACAACAGCAGCAGCAGCAACAGCAGCAGCAUUCAGGCAGCCAAUCAAAAAGUAAAAGGAAAAGAGGAACUCCUACUCCACCAAAAUCAUGAACCAUCUCAUGUUUCUAACUUUAAGAUUACUUAAUGAACUUAUCUCUUGUGGUGAAGUGAAUUUUUUUUAAAAAAAAGUAUUUUUAAAAAUUAAACCUAACCAUUGUAUAUAAGUCUUUGUUUCAGCAAAAAUUCAUUGUUAACUUAAUUUAAAAAUAACUUGUACAUGAUUUCAAAGACAAAAAUUGAUUUAUUGUACAGUCAAACUUUCAACAGGAUUAACUCUUCACUCUUUCACAUUUAUUGUGGGUGUUACACUCUUCGUCACUUCAGUGAGCAGUUUAUGGACUUCUCUGUGUCUUGUUUGUGCACGAACAAUACAAUCCUGGAGUUUUUCGCUGGAGAGACCACUCCCCCCUCCAGAUGAAAAGAAAAAGAUAGAAGGAUUAGCAACAACAGUUAUGUUCUCACUGAAACAGUAGUCGGUUCUUCAUAUUUAAAUCAUUGUUAAAACAAAAAUUCAAAUUACAUGCUGAAAUAUUACUAUCAAGUACAGGUCUUUUUCAAAAGUGUCUUCUACAUCUUAUUUACAAGUUUUCUAUUAUUGCAAAACUAAAACAAAUCCUUGCACAGAAGUAACAAGGCACAACAAUGAAGUACAGCUGAAUUAUCAAAUAACUGAUGCCUGAAGUAAUUGCACUUAGGUGAAUAAACAUUCUUUACUUUCUAAAAAAAACCUGGUGGCUAAAUCCAAGGUUUUUCAUUAGUAAGGAUUUUUUGGGGGUGGAGAGAAGGACAGGAAAGAGAAAAUGAAUCAGAGCCUUCUUCUGAACUGACUGAAGGCCGAAAUAAAGGGACUUAAAGAUAAUGCCAGAAUUACUGCUACUGCUGUAUUACGAGGGGGGAAAGGAAAGAGUUGAUGAAAAAUGACUUGAGAGUUUUUUUUAUGGGGACGGUCUGAGGCAGGACUUUAUAAAUGAUAGGGUGGAUCAUAUGCAAAAUCAAGCUCAUAAGGUCGAUGGAACAUAGGAGAAACAAAGAUAAGAAGCAACAGAAACUUUGGUAAUAGACUGGAUGUGUGGAAUGAAAUUGCACUCCUCAUGAAGUGGUACACCUUCACUAGCCUGUGCAAGUAGUUUUAAAUUGCCAUGGUGGUUUAUUCCUUAUGUGAAGGAACGAUUACUUUGCUGUCAGUUUUAUCAUUACAUUAUUCACUUCUUUUUCAACUGGAGGAAGUAUACUCAUAAAUAGUCUUCUGUCAGAACUGUAUAGGGUCACGUACUAGCCUGUUAUCUAAUUUUAAACACAAGUAACAAGUGUUUAUUAAACCAAUCUAAGGGCUAGCAGAUGGCACGUGGUGACAUUUUUCAGCAGGCACAAGACAGUACCAAUUGGAUAAAGGAUGUUAGUCUAACAAAAUGAUGCAAAAGGACAGAUUAUGCCAAAUCGGGAUUACUUAAACUAGCAUUUUAUAUUAACACACCUGGUUUAUGAACAGCACAAAGCCUAUCCUCUUCAUCAGUGACUAUUGUAGCCAUCCCUGAUGCUAAUGUCUCCUCCUCUGCUGUUGGAUCGACAAUGAAUAUUGUGCUUUAAGAUUUAAAAAAAAGAUGUUUUAAGAAUAACUAAAUUAUCAGUUUCACCCACACAAACUUGCUUCCUAGUUUCAGUAAUUCAUAUUACAGUAAUAGCAAAAAGAUUGAAAAUGGUGGAUCUUCAGUUAUAAUGCAAAUUUAUAACUGUGUGUGCAUAUAGGCGAAUAAAUAUGCAACAAAUUUCAAAUAAAAUUGCAAUAAGAAAAAGAUAAAUCUUCACUAAUCAACAAAAUAACAUGCCUUGGCAUCAUACAGUGAUGUUCAGAUUGUAUAAUGAAUUAUUAUAAUAAUCCCCAAAAGUAUCUGACAUUUACCAUCUGAUGGAAAAAUAGACAUCGAAGUACAGUGAAGUAUUUCUAUUAAAAUAUUAUUUAAAGAAAUCAAAAACUUGGCAUUUGGAAUAUUUCAAUUUCUAAUAAUCUUGUUUUUAUUUAUAGAGACCUUAAAAUAAUUUUAAUUUUUAAUAAAAAAAACUAGCAAGAGGUCUGAAUGGUGGAAAACAGUUGGAUGCUGGUCAUUCAUUGACUUUGUCUGAUAGGAUAAAAACUACUUUACAUAUUGCCUAGCACCUUUCAUGGAUAUCAAUGCCUUCAGAACAUUUUGAAGUCCUCUGCUCCUCCCGUGUUGGAGGCCAGGUCAAUGUCCAACCACCACUGCCCUCUUCCACCCUGCUGAACUUGUUCUCAAAUUAAAUGAUUUAUUCUUCAAAUCCACUUAUUCUCCAAAUAAAAGGUGUUUCUAUGGGUA